AUGGACAUUAUGACGACGGGAAUAGCCUCAUUCGCGGCCGCCACGCCUUCGGGCUCAGAUGUUCACUCGAACCUGAGCUCCACCUUUGCGGCAACCUCAUCCUCAUCCUUGAGCUCUUUGACAGACUACUCCAACUACCCUCUGGCACGACAGGGCGACCGCACUUACCUCCGCGACCCGGAAAACCUAUACCCUCUACCAUGCGAUCAACCCGAGAUCCACCGCCAAUCCCUGCGCACAAUGAUGCUGCUGCGCGUGUUCGGCGGCCCGUUUUGUAAUCCCUACACGGCCAAUCGCCCGCCGAAGCGCAUCCUGGAGAUCGCCUGCGGGUCGGGCCUGUGGUCCGGACUAUGUCAUGAAUUCUUUGUCCGUCGCAGCCAGCCCGGCGUGGGCUUCGUCGGAAUCGACUUCGUUUCCUUGGCCCCGGAUCUGCGCAAGCAAGGAAUGAACUGGCAAUUUAAACGACAUGACCUCCGAAAACCUCGCCUUCCUUUCCCGGACGACUACUUUGAUUUUGUCUUUAUUAAGGACGCAGGCAUGUGCCCGUCUAGCCCGGCGCAACAAGCCUCAGGUCUAAGUGAACCACUGCGGGUAUUGAAAUCGGGGGGCAUCUUGGAAGUGUGGGACUCGGAUUGGGUAUUUCGCUCGCUGCUGCCCAACCCGGCACCAGCCCGGCAAACCUCGUCGAAAGACCAGGAGCUUGCCGAUUCAACUGCUACCUAUACAUAUUCAUCCGCCACGCCCUUCACAAGGGCCCAGAACAAAUAUCUGGUCGACUAUAACUCCUGGGUCGAGAAAUCCUUUGACAGGCGCAAACUUACAGCUCUGCCUUGCGCCACCAUUGGCCUGUCUUUCAAUUCCGAAGUCGACCUAUUAGAGAAUGUGGACAGUCGCCGCAUCGCAAUCCCACUCGGCGAUAUCCGGUGGGAGCGGGAGGGCCAAGGAAAGGAUUCCAAGGGCCGUCCACGCAAGGCAUUGACUCCAGACCAGAUCUCCAUCCGUCGAACCGCUCUUCUCACAGUGGUCCAAAUGAUCGAAGGAUUGGAACCCAUGCUCAUUGAAGCCAGUGGGAAAAGCCGCGAUGAGUGGGACCGGUGGUGGGCCGCGAUGACCACAGACCUCUUUCAGAAAGGCGGCCUCGCUAGUGGCGAGUGUCUCGAAGUGAGUGCCUGGUGGGGUCGAAAGAAAUGA